UCUCUCUCUCUCUCUCUGUUUUCCUUCUCUCGGAGCUCCUCCACCGAUCUCGAUGAAGGUCCUCUGAUCCAUCGCCAUGGCGAACUAUCUCACCCCGUUCCAGACCAUCAAGAGCUCCUGUGAUCGUCUCGUCAUCGCUGUGGAGGAUGUGAGCGAUUUGUGGCCUAGCGUGAAAGAGGGUUUCGAGCAGCGAUUGCCAUUCAGGAAGGCGUGCUUGAACAACAAGACUCGGAAUCCUGUGAAUGUGGAGCAAUUGCCGGCUGAAUUCAUAUUGACCACUGAUUCGAGGCUGCGCAGUCGGUUCCCGCAUGAGCAGUCGGUGUUUUGGUUCCGGGAGCCAUAUGCUACUGUUGUUCUUGUUACCUGUGAGGAUCUUGAUGAAUUCAAGCGAAUUUUGAAGCCGCGUUUGAAGUUGAUUGUUCAGAAUGAUGAGAAGGAAUGGUUCAUUGUUUUUGUAUCAAAGGCUCAUCCCAGCAAUGACCAGGCCACGAAGAUGGCGAAGAAAGUAUAUGCAAAGCUUGAAGUUGAUUUCAGCUCGAAAAAGAGGGAGAGGUGUUGCAAGUUAGAUUUACAUGGAACUGAGUCCAUUUUUUGGGAAGAUUUGGAGUCCAAAAUGGUGGAAUCAAUCAGAAACACGUUGGAUAGGCGUGUUCAAUUUUUCGAGGAAGAAAUUCGUAAAUUAAGUGAACAACGUUACCUGCCUGUGUGGAACUUUGUUAACUUUUUUAUUUUGAAGGAAAGCUUAGCUUUUAUGUUUGAGAUGGCUCAUCUUCAUGAAGACUCAUUACGUGAAUAUGAUGAACUAGAGCUCUGCUACCUAGAAACAGUAAAUACACCUGCUAGGCAGAGGGAUUUUGGAGGAUUGGAUCAUGGCGAUGAUCAGGCUGCCCUGCUGAAUCCUGUUUUUAAGCCAUUGACUCAGAUCGUUCUGGAUGAUUCUUUUAGAGAGUUUGAAUUUAGACAAUACCUCUUUGCAUGCCAAUCAAAGCUAUUAUUCAAACUUUCUCGUCCAGUUGAGGUUGCUGCAAGAGGCUAUGCGUUUAUCAUCAGCUUCUCAAAGACGUUAGCCCUGCAUGAGAACUAUCUUCCAUUUUGUUUGCGUGAAGUAUGGGUAAUAACUGCUUGCCUUGCUGUAAUCAAUUCAACUUCUUCCCAUUACAAUGGCGGAGUUGUGACCCCUGAUGUUGAGAAGGAGUUCUACCGUCUGCAGGGUGACCUUCAUUCACUUUGUCGGAUUAAGUUUAUGAGACUCGCAUAUCUGAUCGGAUAUGGAGUGGAAAUAGAAAGAAGCCCAUCUAAUAGUGCCUCUUUAAGCAUGCUACCCUGGCCCAGGCCAGCAGCUUGGCCAGUAGUUUCCCCUGAUGCUUCAUCUGAAGUUUUUGCAAAGGAGAAGAUAAUUCUUCAGGCAAAUCCUAGGGCAAAACACUUUGACAUUCAGAGAAAACCUUUGCCGUUGGAGCCAUCUUCACUUUUACGAGAGGCUAAUAGACGGAGGGCUUCUCUUUCUAUUGGAAAUGUUUCAGAGUUGUUUGAUAGUCAUCACAGUGCUGUUGAUGGUUCAGGUGCUGAUGGAGUUUCAAAGUUUCCCCCUUCAAGUAAGACUAAUCCAAGUUCUAUGUCAAGAAAUUUCUCGGGCCCAGUAAACUUUGAGAGCUCUUCCCCAACACUUGACCGACCAAUGAGACUAUCAGAGAUCCAUGUUGCAGCAGAGCAUGCCUUGAAACAGACAAUUUCUGACCCUGACCUACUGAAGUCACUCUCAACCUUGCAGGACUUUGAACAAAAGUACAUGGAGCUAACUAAGGGAGCUGCAGAUAAGUACCAUAAUUCCUGGUGGAAGAGACAUGGAGUUGCCUUGGACAGGGAGAUUGCAGCCUUAUGCUUUAAGCAUGGAAAUUUUGACCUAGCCGCGAAAUCAUAUGAAAAAGUUUGUGCUCUUUAUGCUGGUGAAGGAUGGCAAGACCUUUUGGGGGAAGUGCUUCCUAAUCUAGCUGAAUGUCAAAAAAUUCUUAAUGAUCAAGCUGGUUACCUAUCAUCUUGUGUUAGGUUGUUAUCUCUGGAUAGUGGUCUAUUCUCGACUAAAGAAAGGCGAGCUUUUCAGUUGGAGGUUGUUCGUCUUGCUCAUAGUGAAAUGAAGCAUCCUGUACCCCUCAAUGUCUCAUCACUCAUAACUUUUGCUGGAAACCCUGGCCCACUGCUUGAAUUGAGUGAUGGCGACCCUGGUACACUCUCUGUAACUGUUUGGAGCGGCUUUCCUGAUGAUAUCACCCUGGAAUCUCUGAGUAUGACGUUGGUAGCCACAAAUAAUGUGGAUGAAGGUGUUGUUGAGGCUAUAAAAUGUCCGGAUGCCCCUGUCUUAAAUCCAGGCAGAAACACUGUUACACUCACCUUACCUCCACAGAAGCCAGGCUCUUAUGUAUUGGGAGUUCUUACAGGACAGAUUGGACACUUGACUUUCAGAUCUCAUGGAUUUUCAAAAGGUGGCCCCCCUGAUAGUGAUGAUUUCAUGAGUUUUGAAAAACCAACGAAACCUGUUCUAAAGGUGUUCAAACCAAGACCUUUGGUUGAUAUUACUGCCGCCAUUUCAUCUGCGCUGUUAAUGAAUGAACCACAAUGGGUUGGGUUGAUUGUAAAGCCGAUGAAUUACUCUCUCAGAGGUGCAAUCCUACAUAUAGAUCCAGGUCCGGAAUUGAUGAUUGAGGAAUCUCACAUGAUUGAGAUUGAGGACUACACAAGUGUGAUGGAGCGGAUGCCACAGAUAACUGAGAGCAUCACCUUGAAGAAUCUUUCAACCAUUAGGACUGACAAGUCUGAGCAAUUGCUGCUUGAAAAUGGUAAAAUAACGUUGCCAGAUUGGGCAAGUGAUAUAACCAGUGUCUUGUGGUUUCCUGUCCGUGCUGUAGAUGACAGGAUAGCAAGAGGAACAUCUGCAGUGUAUCCACAGAGACAAAGUGUGGUGGAUGGGAUGAGGACAGUUGCAUUAAAGCUUGUAUUUGGAGCAUUCCACAACCAGAUAUUUCGAGAGGUUUAUCUUCUGACCAUUGCCAUACAUUUCACCAAUCCAUUGCAUGUUAGCACACGUGUUGUAGAUAAAUGUAAUGAUGGCAACUUGCUUUUGCAGGUGAUAAUGCACUCUCAAGUGAAGGCUUAUUUACACAUACAUGAUGCAUGGAUAGAUCUUCAAGAUGGAUUUGUUCAUAGCGGAAAAGGUGAUGGAAGACCAAUUGCAAGUUUCUUUCCAUUGAUCAUCUCUCCUACUUCUAGGGCAGCACUAUUGUUCAGCAUCCGAUUAGGGAGCUUGACGAAUGGAGAUGAGGCUGGGAAUAUGCCGGCUGAAAGUAUAUUGAAUAUCAGAUACGGAGUUGCUGGUGACAGGAAUGUUGGAGCACAUACACCUGUAUCAGCGAAAACCGCAGCCGAGGGGGAGCUGCUUUUCAAGAGCACACUUUUCUUACAACGGCCUGUACUCGAUCCAUGUCUUGCAGUUGGUUUUCUUCCGUUUUCUUCAGAUUGCUUAAGAGUUGGGCAGCUAGUGAGUAUGCAAUGGAGAGUUGAAAGAUUGAAGGAAGUCGAGGAAAGCCCAGGCUCCCCACUUGAUGAUGAACUAUUGUAUGAAAUAAAUGUGAACCCGGAUAACUGGAUGAUAGCUGGGAGGAAGCGUGGCUUUGUAUCUCUAUCUACAAUGCAAGGGUCGAGGAUAGUGAUUACGGUCACCUUUGUGCCACUGAUAUCUGGAUAUGUUCGACCACCGCAACUUGGUCUACCAGAUGUGGAUGAUACUAAUAUAAGCUGUAAUCCUGCAGGACCUCACCUUGUUUGUGUCCUCCCUCCUGUGCUUAGUUCUUCAUUCUGUGUGCCAGCAUGAGUUUUAUUUAUGUAUUGAAUUUGUUAUUAUCACUUCAUUUUUGUCCUUUGGUUGUCGCAGGAAGGACAAAUUCAUUGUGUUUUACUUUACCACCUUCGGCACAUUCCUUUGUAUUAAUUAGUAUUUGCCAAUGAGUAUAUCAUUGAGUCUCGUUAUCUAAGUUGAAAACAUAUGAUAAAGUAGUGGUUUUUCUUUGA